GAUACCAAGCUCGGCAAUCUAAAAAGUGUCUUGAAAUCGUCAUCAUCAUAGGCGGCAUUUUUAUCGAAACUUCCUACAAUCCUACAUUGAUUGUUAUAACGGCUCCAAGUGAAUUGUUCUUCUGUUUAAUUUAAUUUAAUUAUUUACGUGUGACUCACUGAAUGGAAAUUCUCAGUCAUGGAAAACCAUAACGAAACAACGACCGAUUCGAAAAGUAUCAUCAUGAAUGAUAAUUGCGUUGAGGAAGCUUUGAAACAUUUGAACUUCAACGAGAAAUCAAUAUGUCGUUUGGUGUCACAUCAAUUCAGACGUGUGGUUGACUCUUUUGUGCUGAAGAAAUUGGUCGUUUUUGAUCGAACUCCGAUCAGCAAAGGAAAGUUUUCUAUGACUGACGAUGAUUAUACCGAAGCGGAUUCGGUGUACGUGCCUUGUUUAGAACGUUUUUUCAACAACAAAUUCAUCGUCCAAAGACUCGCAAACGUCAGCAAGCUAAAGAUCAUUGGCCUUGACCAAAUGGAAUUCAGCUGCACCAUGAAGUUUAAAGCAUUGAUUCAUCUGGAACUGAAUAACGUUCGGAUUACGAAUCGAAGCAUUUUCGAAUCACCCAAUUUGAAGAAAUUGCUUAUGUCAAACGCCUACUUGUGUACGGCAACCGCAGCUCAUUUUCAUCAUUUGGGCCUGGGCAGUUUAACGAAUAAGUUGGCACACUUUAGCACGACUGAUAUACUUCCAUCUGAUGCAGAAAUCGAAUUCUAUAGAAUGGCUCACGAAGCUCCUAUGCUAAGCGAAUUAGAGACGCUGGACUGUCAUCUGAUGAGUUUCAAAACGCUGGUCUACAUCAGCAAUAAUUUCCAUCGAUUGAAAACAGUGAAUGUUCGUUUUGCAACCUGUCGUGACGAAAUGAUCGAUCUUUUGAGAACCGGACUCGAUAAGUUGGUGCGAAAACUAAGACCAGAUCUAAAAGUGUUUCUCUUUGGCAUUCCACUUGUCAAGGGAUCGGUUAAAAUAGUCGAGAAUUUUCUUUAUGAACACGGUCUCGAAUUGCACUUCGGAUUUAAUUCGCUUGGUAUCAAAGUCGGCUCCGAUUGGAAUAGUUUCAGCAAAGAAUUCGGUCGACAUUCCAAGCUGCUGAGCGGUUUCUUCAAACUGAUCGACACUGUGAUCUACGAAGAUCCAGUGGCUGACGAGAGCACUAUAAACCGACUAACUAACGUGAGCCAGGCCUUUUUCAAAAUCUGGUUGGAUGUGAAACACGGCCUACCCGAUCAAUUGGCAUUGUAUCCUAACAUCAAGCAUUUAGGGUUAAAUUCGUUUCCGGAUGGUCACUACCACAAUGACGUCCUUGACAUGAUACCUAUUUACUGCACGAAAUUACUUUCUUUGAACAUGGACAAUUGGGAAACGGACGUAAACUACAGCUUUCUGCUGGGUUUGACAUCCAUACAGACGAUUCGAAUAUUUACGCGAUUGCAAUUCGACCAGGAACUGUACAUGGAUAUGUUGCGACAAUUGACGAAUUUGUCGUUUUUGGAAAUCUGGUACGAACUCACCGAUUCCAUCACUAAAGACGACCUCAGCAAAUUUAAACACACCGUUGAGGAUUACAUCAACAAUGAACUCACGUUUAACGACUGUACGCUCAAAGUUCAAAUUCAUAGACGUAGCAGCUAUAUCGGUGACGAGAAAUUUGCAUUCGUUCGCAUUGUGAUGAAGCGAACGGCACGAGACAGUGCUAACAAUUCAAUGUUGGCAAGCGAAGGCGAUAUUCGCAAAAUGAUGUGGUGCAUUGGAUACAAGCGAGAACAUCCAGAAAGUUCAGAUGAGAUUGAUCGAUAUGAUCUGAGAUACGGUCGUUCAAAGGUGUCGGAAGAUAAAAAUUAAAUUUUCUUAAAUAACUUCAUACUUUUCAUCGUCCAAUUUUUUCUUGUUGAUUUGUUUAGUAAACGUAAACGAGUAACCGUACGAUGCUUUCUUAGUUUGAAUAAAUGAAUAUUGAUUUGAAACGAAAAAAAA